AUGGCUCAGGCGCAGGCUCCGGAGCUGGAGCAGAGUCCCACAUGGGUGGAGGCUGAUGAUGAGGUUGUGGAGAUGGACAUCAUCCAAGACGAAGAUGCUCCCACUUCCGGGAGCGUAUUCGACAGGGUGCCCCCUGAAAUCAUUAUCCACAUCGCCGAGGUGUCCACCUGGGAUGAGGAGGCGGGCCAUUGGCAACACCCGGCUAGCUACGCACGACAUCAUUCAAGCCUAGCCCGCGUGAACACUCGUUUCCACCGCCUUCUUGAACCGGAGCUGUACAAGCGCAAUAAAAAGUAUGACAGCGCACUCCUAUCAUGUGUUAGAUGGGCUGCCGAAUUUGGCAGUCUCGGGACAAUGUUGAAAGCCCGGCAGUACGGCUUCAAGUUUGACCAACAGAAUGAGAGGGCCAACAAUGCCAUAGAAGUCAACCCCCUCCACUGCGCCCUCCACAAUGGACACAGCAAUGUGACCGCAUUCCUCGUGGAGAACGGAGCCAACGUUCAUGCACCAUCCAGUCCUACGCUCUGUGUAGACUGCAACGUGGACUGGAAGCUAUAUCAUCACAUGUCUACAGACACUCUGGAGCCGGUCUAUCCUCUGCAUACGGCCCUUGUCCACGGAAGGCCUCAAGAUGUCCGGUGCCUUGUGGAGCACGGAGCAUACCUCGUUGCCAAAAAUGUCUCGGCCAUCUUCGGCCUCUUCAGAAGCGGCCACAUGGACCUCGUCCGGCAGUACAUGCUCAACAGGACUGACCCGGUGUCGCAAAAUGCCCAGCUCCUCUUUGCCGCGUCUACCAAGGAUCUGGCACUUCUGACCCACCUUCUCGACAGGCCAGGCGCCAGUCUUGCCAAAGCCACCAAUACGGCGCAAGAGACUGCCCUCCACCUUGCUGUCAGCUCGUCCGGAGCCCACCCAGCCACUAUUGAGGAUGCGACAGCCGUUGUAGAGUUCCUGUGUCAGCACCCGGACAUUAAUGUGUGUGCCAUAGACGGCUACGGGCGCACACCCUUUCUGCAGGCUGUUCGAUAUGGCAUGGUGCCCGUGGUCCAGAUGCUACUCGCCCACCCCGCCAUCGACGGCCACGAGUUGGACUACUACGGUCUGAAUGGCCUCCACCUGGCUGCCUACAAUGGCCAGCUGGAAAUGGUCAAGUUGCUUACAGAGCAAUCCGACGCAGACAUCAAAGCCAUCGGUCUCGGCAGCGAGUCCGUUCUCCGAUUAGCUUGCGAGAAACGAGAGGGCUCAGACUCCGCCGAGGUGAUUCGGUACCUGAUCUUUGCCGGGGCGCCGCUCUACCCCGACGGGGUCGAGAAGCCCGAUAUGUUGCUUCAUUGCCUUUGUGUGAUGAACCUGGAGUGUGCACAUGUCCUACUGCAGGCUGGCAUGACGGUUUCGGGCGAUAUUAUCGAUAGCACAGUCGUCUACGGGACUGGUGGUCUCACGCUGGUCCAGGCCAUGCUCAAAGAACCACGCACAUGUCAAGCUGAGGUGCUGUCAUAUCUCAUCGACUUCGGCAUUGACGUUAAUAGAGGCGGGAUCGGUCUUGACAAGCCACACAACAUCCAUGAGCCCCGGUUUGGAGACUGCCCCCUGGUUUUUGCCGCCGUAGGCGCCAAGAGCAUCGAGUGCAUGAGAAUGCUCAUAUCGGCAGGUGGCAAGGCGACCAUUGAUGGCGACCCGAUGAUGCUCUGGAGGUACUGUUACAUGACGUGGGAGAACAACGUCGUGGAAGAUAAAUCUGUCGCGCCCCAGGCCGAACGCCUCGCCACGCUGGUCCAGAUGGGCUACCCCAUCGGCCAAUCAGACCCGUCUGCGCUGGGCUUUGCCUGCCAAGCGGCCAUCUACGGAUCCCAUGCGCUUCUUGAACUCGUCCUGGAGCUAGCCGAGCCAGGAUCCAUCAACCCGAACUACAUGCGCGAUCUCGUCUGGUUGUAUUAUCACUUCACAGGUCCCAACAUUGCCAAAGCGCAGGAGGUAAUCGCCACACUCCGCGCUGCCCAUCAGAGGCUGUUCGGCUAUGCACCUGACCACGGCGCAGUCAUCAUGGAGGUCGAGCUAGAUGGCACCCCAGAGGAGCAAUGUGAGGUCAUUGCCGGUGCUGUCUCUCUAUGUGGCCUAGGUAAUAUCUGA